UGCCUUAUUUUCCCAUUUUUUCUUGCUAUCAAAACCUCACUUUUUCAUUUUUCUUUUGCCAUUCUUUUUAAAAUGUGGGGAUCAUGAAUUCUGGCUCAGGAUCUCCAUCCUCCUCUCCUCCCACCCCACCUUCCCCUUUACCUAUCAGUGUAGGCCCCAACCAUGAGAAGUACAUUUUCUCACUCUCGCCCUGGUCCUCGCCUUCGCCACCCUUCUCACCAACUUCUGGUCCCCUCUCAUCAGAAUCCGAUUCCCGUGUACCGGAAUAUCGUGUCCUUCUUCCCCGCGGAUCUUUAGCGCCGCCGCCGCCACGUUCGUCUACUUUUUCUUUGGACAGAUUGACAGAUUUCUCAACUGCACCAAACUCUUGUUUUUGGAACUGCUUGGAGUGGAUUUUGACUAGAUGCUGCUGCGGCUUGUGUUUUGAAAUUUCCUCUCACAAUGAGAAAGUAGAAUGAAGAUUGCCCCAAAUAUGAUGGGAUGGGCAAUUGAUGUUCGAUUGGGCAUCGUCCCAUACAUUUGUGAUGCAGCGGUAAUUGUUGUUUCAAAGUCACUCAAACAUUGGAUUUUUAUUGCAUUACAUGGCCAAUUGCAUUUUUACUUU